AUGCCUGCGCAGCCCGAGAAGAGUCAGCUCAAGCGAGGCCGUCCUUCCCAGGGCGAGCAAGUUGAGCCAAAAAGAGUCCGGGGCCAGCGUCAGCUCUCGCCCGGUGACCCGCACCGCAAUAUCAAGCAAGGGCAGCUGCCUUCGCCCAUUACCCAUAAGGAAUCGACCGGAACCAGUGAUGAGAACCACAAGGAAGGCACCGUCACGCCGCCUCCACAGAGCCAGGCCAAGUUCUCGCAAGCACGCAACGGACUAUCCUCGCCCCCGACAGACAAGCAGUCAGACACGCAGGCCUUCACGCAACCUUCGCAGUUCGUCUACCCGCCGAAAUCGCGAUCAUACGCAGUCGAUGAUGAGGAGGGCGAGCAGGUAUGGGGCUACCUUGUGCCUCUCGACGAUCAGUGCGGUGACGUCUUGGUAUUGAGGCGGCGAGAAGCCUGCCCCGUCCCAGAGAACAUCCUUAACCCAACGUCCGGUACAGAGAAGGCAUCGAAGCACGAGUACACGCAUCAGGAAGAGAAGUACGAGAAAGAUAAAGCGGAAAAGGGCGUCACUGCUGGUGGAUAUCUCAUCGGACGACAUCGCGAGUGUGAUCGCCAAUUGACAUCGACUACCGUCUCCAACCGACAUUGCCUUAUCUUCGCGGAAAAGAAAGGUGGCGAUAUGGUCGCCGUGGUCGAAGAUCUAUCCGGCAACGGCACGUUCGUCAACGACUCGCUAGUUGGCCGGAAUAAACGGAGGGAACUGAAGGAGGGUGACGAGCUCGCAAUCCUGGAAGAGGCGCGGUUCGUCUUCAGAUACCCCCUCACGCGUGCCACGCAUCGGUUCCACCAACAAUACCAAAUCCAAGAGCAGCUCGGCAAGGGCCACUUUGCUUCCGUAUAUCUGUGUGUUGAGAAGUGCACCGGCAUGCGACAUGCAGUCAAGAAGUUCGAGAAGCGCACCGGCCCAGGGGAGAAAUCCAAGGUCGAGGGUCUGCAGCAAGAGAUCGCAGUGCUCAUGGGGAUUAGCCAUCCAACUCUCCUAUGUCUUAAGGAUACAUUUGACGAGGAUGAUGGUGUCUAUCUCGUUCUUGAGCUUGCGACUGAGGGCGAGCUUUUCAACUGGAUUGUCAUGAAGCAGAAGUUGACAGAAGCUGAGUCACGAAAGGUCUUCAUCCAGCUUUUCCAGGCCGUCAAGUAUUUGCAUGAGCGCAACAUUGUGCAUCGCGACAUCAAGCCAGAGAACAUUCUCCUUACCGACAAAGAACUGCAUGUCAAACUUGCUGACUUCGGUCUUGCCAAGAUCAUUGGCGAGGAGUCAUUUACAACCACCCUGUGUGGUACUCCAUCGUACGUUGCGCCUGAGAUCUUAGAGAAUUCCAACCACCGCCGUUACACACGAGCGGUUGAUGUUUGGUCUCUAGGAGUCGUUCUAUACAUUUGCCUCUGUGGCUUUCCACCGUUCUCGGACGAGCUAUACAGCCCAGAGAACCCCUACACAUUAUCCCAGCAGAUCAAAAUGGGUCGCUUCGACUACCCGUCGCCUUACUGGGACUCAGUGGGCGACCCAGCGUUGGAUCUCAUCGACCGCAUGCUCACAGUAGACGUCGAAUCACGAAUCUCAAUUGAAGAAUGUCUCGAGCACCCCUGGACUACGCAAGGCGGCAUUAUCAACCCCAAUGAUAGUACAGAUGGGUUGACAGGCGCCAUUGCCAGUCUGGACUUUUCCAAGCGAAAGAUCAAGCGCGAGCGAACUCUGCUCAGCACCAUCAACGAGAUCAAGGUCGCACGCGUCAUUCAGACAGGAGAAGGUCAAGAGCCGUUGAAGGUGUAUGAGAAGAAUGGAUCGCAGUACAAAGGCGAUACCAAGAUGCUGAAAGACAAGGAUAUCAUAGAGGAGCCAAGACCAGCUGCGAAGCGGGACCCUCGAGAAUUCAUUGAGAUGGGGGGCAACGGCGAUCAAACGCUCUUUGACGAUGCAUGA